AACCCUCUCAAUUAGUCUCCAACUCUCAUCUCCACCAUGGCCCAAACUAUCCCCAAAUGCAGAAAUAUCAUUUUCACUCUUCUCAUAUUCUCAUCUCUUCUUCAAGCACAAUCCCAUAAAUUUGCAAAUAAAUUGUCACCAAAAUCACUUGGUUUCAAGAAAGAAAAGCUAACCCACCUCCACUUCUAUUUCCACGACAUAGUUAGUGGUGACCACCCCACCGCAGUCCGGGUGGCUGAGGCCCCCAUGACCAACACCUCUAGUACCUUCUUUGGUGCAAUGGCCGUGAUCGACGAUCCGUUGACAAUGGGUCCUGAACCGACCUCCAAGAUUGUCGGAAGAGCCCAAGGGAUAUAUGCAUCUGCUGGUUUAACCGAGGCACGAUUGCUAAUGACUUUGAAUUAUGUUUUUAGUGAAGGAAAGUACAAUGGUAGCACUUUGAGUAUAUUAGGGUCAAAUUCGGUGUUCUCAAAGGUGAGAGAGAUGUCGAUCGUUGGUGGAAGUGGGCUUUUUCGAUUUGCUCGUGGAUAUGCGCUUGCAAAGACUCAUUUUUUCAAUCUUAGCACUGGUGAUGCCGUUGUUGAGUACGAUGUUUAUGUCCUGCAUUAUUGAUUGCAACAACACAAAUUCUAAAACCAAUUCAUUAAGUCCGUUUUUGUUUAUGUCGCAUAUAAGGAUAGAUGCAGUUUGAUGCAUAUAUCAUUUUCUUAUUUCAUGUAUUAUUUAUGUAUCACACCAUUUGUAUUUAUUUUUUGUAUUACAUAUAUCAUCUAAAGAAACAAUUACGCAAUCACUUGUAAAUAGCUAGGGGUGUAAACGAGCUGAGCAGCUCCGAGCUACUCAAGAAUGGAUGAGUAAAAAUUCGAAUCGA